ACCCUGAGUUCACAGUACACUUGACACUUAUCCCAAAAUGGUAAUACUUACUGCGCCACUUUCGUUGAUAAGGCCACUCCUCCUCCAAUUGACCUCCUUCUCCUCCUCGCUUUUAUUUCUACGCACCGUUUCAGUCUCCUCCAAACUUGUCUACUUCCCCUCUCGCCGUAUCUCGUUCACUACAAUGGCAGAAGCAAAUGAAUCCACCGCCUAUUCCCCACCGCAGCACAUCGCCGGACAUUGGUACUCAGUGCCGGACCUUCGCCUUCGCGACCAUCGAUUCACUGUUCCCCUUGAUUAUUCCAUUGAUCACAAUGCCUCUCCUAAGAUCUCAAUUUUUGCUCGUGAAGUCGUCGCGGUUGGGAAAGAAGAACAAUUACUGCCUUACCUAUUAUUUCUACAAGGUGGACCUGGCUUCGAGUGCCCGCGUCCGACUGAAGGCAGCGGUUGGAUAAACAAAGCAUGUGAAGAAUUCCGUCUUAUUUUGAUGGAUCAGCGAGGAACAGGUUUAUCAACUCCUUUGACACCAUCAUCUAUGGCGCAGCUGGGUUCUGCAGAGAACAUGGCUGAAUACAUAAAAUACUUUCGUGCUGACAAUAUAGUGAAUGAUGCUGAGUUUAUCCGUGUUCGACUUGUUCCUGAUGCCGAACCUUGGACAAUCUUGGGUCAAAGCUAUGGUGGCUUUUGUGCUGUAACCUAUUUGAGUUUUGCACCACAUGGACUAAAACAAGUCCUUUUAACUGGGGGAAUUCCUCCAAUAAGCAAUGGGUGUUCUGCAGAUACUGUUUAUAGAGCAUGCUAUGAACAGGUUAUUCGUCAAAAUGAAAAGUACUAUAAGAGGUUUCCUCAUGAUGUUGAAAUUGUUCAAGAAGUUGUGAACCAUUUGGCAGAAUCUGAAGGAGGCGGGGUGCCUCUUCCAUCAGGGGGAAUCUUAACACCAAGAGGACUACAAGCUCUGGGCCUUUCUGGUUUAGGAUCCAGUGCAGGUUUUGAACGUCUUCAUUACAUUUUUGAGAGGGUGUGGGAUCCCAUUAUAGUUCCAGGAUCACGAAAGAGAGUCAGCCAUUACUUCCUAAAAGCUUUUGAAAACUGGUUGGAUUUUGAUUCAAAUCCACUGUAUGCUCUCCUGCACGAGUCCAUAUAUUGUCAGGGUGCUUCAUCACAGUGGUCUGCUCACAGAAUUAUGGCUGAAGACAAUGGUCAACUUAAUGCAGUCAAGGCUGCCAAAGAAGGUCGGCCAGUAUUUUUCACAGGGGAGAUGGUGUUUCCAUGGAUGUUUGAUGAAAUUCAUGCAUUGAAGCAGUUUAAAGAAACUGCUCAAUUAUUGGCUGAGAAGAAAGAUUGGCCUCCCCUCUAUGACAUCACCAUGCUAAAUAAUAACAAGAUACCUGUUGCAGCUGCUGUGUAUUAUGAAGACAUGUAUGUUAAUUUCAGGGUGGCAAUGGAAACAGCUUCUCAGAUAGCGGGUAUAAGAUUAUGGAUAACUAACGAAUACAUGCACUCUGGUCUGCGGGAUGCAGGAGGCCGUGUUUUGGAUCAUUUAUUAGGAAUGUUAAAUGGAAAGAAGCCUUUGUUUUGAUUACCCCUCACAAAUUUGUGUUCUCAUUUACCAGUUUUUCUCCCUGUUGUUGGAGUUAACAAUAAUGUACUUAACAUGGGUGGCUCAAAGCAAGCGUCUUAGCAGCAUGCUGUUAUUCUGUAUGAUGUGAGAAUAUUGAGUGCGUGUGUGAUUCGGCCGCGAAGGAUGCACGUGUCGCAUCUAUUGGCGUUCCAUCAUUGCAAUUUCGUAGAAUGAUAUCAUAGAAUUUUUAAUGUCAAAGCUUCUGCUCACCAUUUUUAAGUUCCA